AUGGACAUGAAAACCGAGGACUUUGCUCAUCCUGAGAAUGUCUAUCCUGGACUUAUCCAUUCACGUGAUCGAACGAAUCCGGAAUUCGCUAAAUAUUACGACUUAGAUGAUGUGGAACGUCUUUUUGACGAAAACGGAGGACUCGUCGAUCAUGAGUUAUGUUGGCGCUGCGGUUUAACGGCUUAUAAUCAGGUCUUCACCUCUUACGCACCUAGGCUUAAAAUCCUUCACACGAGAGCCAAUAUGGGCAUGUGGGCUUUAGGAUCGAAUUGGUUGCUUAAGGACUACCCAAACGAUGGUUGUUCUCCAGGAAACGACUAUAUGACGCAGAAGUUCUUACGCUCCCAGCUUGGCUCAGGCUUAGACAUUCCGAUCUUAAGGGACAUCCAGCUCAUUCACCGUCCCGAGGAGAAAACGUACCUUUACGUGAUGAGUCGCGCCGAAGGCCAGCCUCUCUCGAGGGUGUGGGGUGAUCUUUCCGAUGAUGCGAAGACUAAGAUGAGGGAGCAACUCUUUGAGUUUAUGUGUCAGGUUAGGCGGUUCACAGCCGAAGGCGCUCAAACAGUCGAUGGAGGGAAAAUCGACGACCUUAUCCUUGGGAAUUGCGAAGUGUACAGGCCAUUUUGUAAGAAAGUAGGCUUCACGAAUGACGAGUGGUUUAGUAAUAUCGAGGAGGAAUUGCGGGUAGGAUUAGCCGAAAUUCACAAAACUCGCGACCCGGCUAUAAUCGACAGGGAAUUUCAAGCACUUAAGGAUAACUUUCCUAAGUCAGAACCGUAUGUCCUUACACACGGCGACAUUUGUCCGGAAAAUAUCAUAGUUAAAGACGAUAGGAUAACCGCAAUUAUCGACUGGGAGUACUCUGGCUAUUUACCUUGGUGGGCAGAGCGUUGGCUGUCUAUACAUCUUGGUACUCAAUGUGGUCCUCUCAUGGAGCCACUAUUUGACCGCUUUGAGCCAUUUCAGGACUACGACACAUUUUAUGAUGAGGUUGUUGCUAAAAUAGAACCAGUCCGCAAAGCUUAUAAAGCUUGUCAAAGAGAACAUAAAGAUAAUUAUGAGAAGUGGAUGCGCCCAGCUUUCUCGAAAACCGAGCCUUGGGCUGGAGGCUUUCAGAUCGGAGCUAUGGGUGGUACUUCAGAGAGAGUCCACAAAAUCUUACCUGCAGGCACUCCCCUACCUGAACUCCUCAGUCCUCAAGAGAUCGAGGCUUUAUUAGCUGCACAGAGUAAUCAGUAA